GCUCUCAGUCCCAUGUCGCCAUCUGCCAGAAGAGGAAAAAUACUCUCUGAAGCACAUGCUACGACUUAGUUGUUGGAAAACAAACUGGCUGGAGGAAUCAAUGAUAUUCAAAUAGUAUCGUGCGCAACAGGUGCGCUCCCAUCCUGCAGGAAGACGCGCGCAAGAGAGCAGGUCACUUUGUAAUUUGCCACCGCUUCUAAUCGUGGACUGACUUGAAUGGCUCCAGAGAGAAAUUGAAUGCUAAAUGUGAUGAAGGGUUUGCAAACGCCGAGGUUGUCCUCGCGGUAAGCCGUCGUACUCAAGUGUGACGGAGGAAGGAAGGAAGGAAGGGGUCAGGAGGGGGGCGGUGGUCGUCGUGCAGCUUGCAGCAGACAUGGUGGUCGAGGGGGAGCGGACGCUGCUGGCCGCAAGACAGGGAGACGUGCAAACACUCAAAGCGCAGUUAGCGUCAAAGGCGCUCGCCAGAGACGUGAAGGAUGCACUGGGGGCUUCCGCGGUCCACCACGCGGCCCGGGCGGGCAAACUGGCUUGCUUGCGCUUCCUGGUGGAGGAGGCCGGGCUGCCGGGCCACUGUCUGGCCCACAACGGAGCGAGCCCGGCGCACGAUGCCGCAGCUACCGGCAACCUGGCGUGUUUACAGUGGCUGCUGACCCAGGGUGGAUGUCGGCCAGAGGACAAAGACAGUUCUGGCGCCACCGUUCUCCACCUGGCCUCCCGCUUCAGUCAUCAUGAGAUCACAGACUGGCUCCUCAAGAGCGGGGAGGUGGACCCCGGGACCGCCACUGACACAGGCGCCCUACCUGUCCACUACGCUGCUGCCAAGGGAGACCUGUCCUCGCUCCGACUGUUACUGGGGCACAGCCCAAAUUUUAUCAACUCCCAAACUAAAAAUGGUGCCACACCACUGUACCUGGCUUGCCAGGAGGGCCAUUUGGAGGUCAUCCAGUACCUGGUCAAGGACUGUGGAGCUGAUCCACUCAUCAGGGCCAAUGAUGGGAUGACACCCCUGCAUGCUGCUUCUCAAAUGGGCCACAAUACUGUCAUUGUCUGGCUGAUGAGUUUCACAGAGAUUAGCCUGAUGGACAAGGACGGCGACGGAGCCACAGCUAUGCACUUUGCAGCCAGUCGCGGUCAUGCAAAGGUUCUCAGCUGGUUACUGCUGCACGGUGGUGAGAUAGUCACCGACAACUGGGGAGGGACGCCUCUUCAUGACGCUGCAGAGACCGGUGAACUUGAGUGCUGUCAGAUUCUGGUAGUCAAUGGGGUGGAUCUGGGCAUCAGGGACCAGGAUGGUUUCACAGGAGCUGACCUGGCUGAAUACAACGGACACUUCCAGUGUGCCAAGUAUUUGCGGACUGUCGAAAACAUGAGUGUGGAGCAUCGAGUUUUGUCUCGGGACCCCUCACUGGACCUCGAGUACAAGGAAGCUGAAAACAAGCAACAAGAUUCGGGCCUUUCGUCGCCAAACACCACCAUGCCUCCUGCCAGCCAAGCGGCCCACUUCGACAUUAGUUCACCGGCCAGCUCUUUGUCUAACUACGAUUCGGCCAACUCCAGCCAGUCCAGCACCGGGGAGAAAAGGAGCAGCUUAACAUUGUCUCGUGGCCCGCUGAACACAGUCCCGCACACAGGUGCAUCAGAGACAGUCAUCUCUGACAUGCAAGCAUACAUGGACAUGCUAAACCCAGACAUCGACCCAGACAGGCCCAAGAAGAGUCAUGACUCUGUUUCGAUACUACCGCCACCACCCACUUAUCCACCCCCUCCUCCCCCAAAGUCUCCACCACUCCCCCCGCCGCCCCCGGACUAUCCAGCACCGAAACCCCCUCAGGAGGCCUCUUCUGCAGAGUUUCUGAAAGUGAAAAGCAACCUGCGCCACGUGGAGGGCAACAGCAGGAAGAAGGAGCAGCUGACGGUGGGAGAAAACCACGACAAACUAAGACGUGUUGAUUCCAAUAGAAAGUCUAGGAGCUUCAAUAAGCAGCCAAGCACUGGGGACUACUACAAGACCCUGGGGAGUGAGACCGCCGAGCUCCGUGGGAGCAAAGUCAUGGCACCAAAGGAGGAGGGCUCUGUGUUAUUGGAGGAGCCUGCCGAUGGCUCCACCCCAACAUCUGAAAACGGCACCAUAGAGGAAACGGUCCCGGCACCACCUCCACCACCGCCACCUCCUCCUCCCCCAAGCAACCUGACACCAACACCCCCUCCACCCCCUCCAUUGCCGCCAGACACACCAACAACCCAGAAUGACUCCAUGAACAUCUCCAACAAACAACGACGUGCAUCUUCCUCAUCUGGAAGCGGGGGUCUCUUUGCCCCGCAGGCAGAGGGAGGGGCACUAAGACAAAUGAAAAGCACAAAAUCUUUCAACAUGAUGUCCCCCACUGGUGAUAACUCAGAAUUGCUGGCAGAAAUCAAAGCAGGAAAGAGCCUAAAGCCAACACCUCACAGUAAAGGCUACACCACUGUCUUCUCCAACAGCGGGCCAACAGGCAGCAAUGGAAACAACAUAUCUCCACCAGAAACUCGAGCUUGUAGCCCACCACCCAAGACGCCAUCCCCACUUGCGUCCAACAGGUCGGUCACCUCCCCACCCACAACGCCAAGUACCACUCCCAGUCCACCUGGCUCGGGAACCUUCAGGACUAUGUCAGCCUCAGCGAGCUUCGAGCAACUGCACUUAAACUCCGUAAUCAAUGGGAGUAGUGUUGCGGGCACUGCAGGACCGCAGUCUGCGAGAAAGUCAAGCCUUGCUGAUGUGGAGGCGCUCGUACCCACCCACGACGAGCAGGGAAAAGCUAUCCCUGAAUGGAAGCGUCAGGUGAUGGUGCGAAAGCUUCAGGUCAAAGUGCAAGAAGAGGAAGAGCACAAACGCAAGGCUGAUGAGGAGGCAGCACGCCUGGCAUCGAUGCCGGCCUGGAGGAGAGACUUGAUGAAGAAGAAAUUGGACGAAGAGAAAUGUGACAGGGAACAAAAGAGGAAAGUAGAAGAGGAAGCCAAACAGGCCAAGGAGGUGGAGGAGAAGACCGAGCAGGAGCGACUGAGGAUCCUGGGUUACGAUGAGACCAAGCUUGCCCCUUGGCAACGGCAAAUCAUCCUGAAGAAAGGCGACAUAGCCAAACAGUGACCGGGCCUUUCCUGCUCAUGGGACCCUUCCCAUCAUUGAUCCACCCACAAUUCCUAAGGCCUUCACUGAUCCCUUUUCUCUCCCUAAUGUUUGGCUGUGACCUCAGCAUGGACGAGCUCACCACCUCUCCCGAUGAUGUCCCGUCUUUGUCUCUCACGGUCCAGACACAGAACCGUUACGGGCGAUUGCGGCUGUGACCUCGACCCUUGUUGAAAGUCUCAUGAAGACAACUUUUAAGCAUUAGUAUAGCUUUGGCAUGCACUGAUUGCCCUCACAUAAGACAUCUUUAAACUGCAUGUGUCCUUAAUUCAGACCUCUUUGCUUUACUGCAAAUUCAAUGUAAUCACUUAGACUUUCUCAAACAAACAGCGAGUGAGGGGGAAAAAAGGGGCUAUUUGUUAGCAUUGUUGCCACAGAAAGGGGUUAAAAGAGCUGUCAUUAUAUAUAUGUUUUGUAGAGUACCCACACUCACCGUUAUGUAACACCAUUGACAUAGACCUCCUAAUCACUGCAUUUAUAUCAUGAAAACAUUUUUGUAUAACGCUCAAAAAAGCGCAAUCUUGACUUUAUUGCCAUAGUUGUCAUUCUUCCAAGAAGCAAUUCUUCUACUUUUCCAAAAAUAAAAAACUCUUGACCUAAACUCACAAUUUCUAGAUGUGAACAUUUGAGCAAAAUCCAAUUCAUGUCAAUAUUAUUCGCACAUGUUCAUUUUCUAACUCAGCUCUGGAAAAUUUAAAGGCUAUAAUGAUCGUAAUUCAUUUUUCUAUUUGUGUUAAUGCUAUGGUGAUCAUGAAUGUUGUGUGCAUGUUGCAUAAUUUGAAUCAAGCAUGUUGUAAUUUAUUAAGCAUACAUAACCGAGGUCCCAGAUAUCCAGGCUAGUUUAUUUUUACAGCAGGCAGUUUGUCAACACGCACUGGGUAUUGCACAAGUAGAUAAUAUUAAUCAAUCCCGAGAUGUGUGUUUUUUUUCUGCAGGAGAACACUAAGUAGUAACUGGGUUUUAAUAUGAUGUUGGAUCACACAUUUGACAAACUAUAUCAUUUAAUUGUUUACAAUAGAUAAUCAGUGCACACCUCAUGUCAUCAUCAUUUGGAAAUAAUUGACUCUCAUUAGCUGCCAUAUGAUAUUGAAAUUUAAAAUUACGUUAUCGCCAUUUGAUUUUUCUAUGCAUAUAAAGUCUGUACAUAGUCACCCUCUCUGAUUAUGAUAAUUUCAGUGUUUGCAUACUGGAUCUCAGCCUUGAUUGGAUAGAAUGUUGGCUAAUACAUGCACGCAUGGUUAGGUUUUCAGACUGUUAAAAAAUACAUGGAAAUAAAUUGUAAUUACAAAAAUAGGGCGGACUGCUUUUGUUGACUCAAAUAAAGGGCAGGAUGUGGA